UUGUUUUGUGUUCUAAACUCAGACUAUGAUACUGUUUUGAAUUAUAAAAGCUUCUCAGAAUCAUAUAUUAAAAUUAUUAUUUUUAAUCAGUAGAAGGAACAGGUCUGCAAGACAUAGUGGUGUCGCAAAAAGAUGCUGGCCAACAAUAAUUCCCGAAGCACCAACAAUGAUCCUGUUGAAUCAUCCGAAUCGCUACCCAUUACAGGUGCUGCUGGAAAUGGUAGUUCAUCACGCAUAAUUCGUCAAUUUGGCAGUCUAUUUCAAUCGACCACUCCCGGAGCUCUGAGUGAUCCGGCGAGAUAUGUGGAAUUCGGCAGCAUUUCCGAUACGGAAGCAAAUGCUGGCCGUACACUUGGUACAUUCGCAGGGGUUUUCUGCCCAGUCGCGCUUUCGAUGUUUAGCGCAUUAGUGUUUAUUCGAGUCGGGUUUAUCGUUGGAAAUGCUGGGCUGUAUGUUACGCUGCUACAAUUUGUAAUAGCCUAUGUAAUUUUGCUGUUUACUGUUUCGUCUGUUUGCGCCAUAUCAACCAAUGGUGCCGUGGAGGGCGGUGGCGUUUACUUUAUGAUAAGCCGCACUCUAGGGCUUGAGUUUGGUGGUUCAAUUGGAACGCUAUUUUUUCUGGCCAAUGUUGUUGGGUGCGGUUUGGCCAUAUCGGGCUGUGCUGAAGGUAUUAUACAGAAUUUUGGACCGUCGGAAGGACACGAUACCGGUUCAAUUCCUGAUGGUCGCUGGUGGCGCUUUUUAUACUGCACUAUGAUUAAUACUCUGAUGUUGCUUGUCGUUCUCAUCGGAGCGGAGAUGUUCGCUAAAACGUCUAUGAUGAUUCUCGGAGUAGUAGUAGUUUGUUUACUCUCAACCUACAUAAGCUUCUUGGCGAAAGGAUCGAUCGAAGUGGCGAUUCCCGUAGAAAAUAAUUUGGUGCAAAAUGCUACAUAUAAAGUGAUUGGAAACUACACUGGACUAAAUAUGACAACAUUGAAAGAGAACUUAUACAGCCAGUAUGGACAGGAUUACACCUCCGACGGAAAUGUUGUAAAUUUUGCGGUCGUGUUUGGUGUAUUAUUCUCAGGAGUAACUGGAAUUAUGGCUGGGGCUAAUAUGUCUGGAGAACUGAAGAACCCAUCACGAAGCAUUCCAGCAGGGACAUUAUCGGCGGUUUUGUUCACAUUUUUAUGUUACAUUGGGCUAUCAGUAUUAAUGGCACUGACUACAUCUAGGUUUCUGUUACAAAACAAUUUUCUUUUUCUCGGCCCUGUAAAUUUAUGGCCGACAUUUGUAACGAUCGGGAUCCUAACCGCCACUUUCUCUACUGGAUUGAGCAACUUGAUUGGCUCUAGCCGAGUACUAGAAGCGCUUGCAAAGGACAAGGUGUUUGGGUCAUUGCUGAACUUUGUUGUUCGUGGUACAUACAAAAGCAAUCCAAUAGCGGCCGUCAUCGGUAGUUGGAUUCUCGUGGAAGCAAUCCUGCUGAUUGGAUCACUGAACACAAUCGCUCAAAUCAAUUCUGUUCUAUUUAUGUUAGCCUACCUGGCCACAAAUCUGGCCUGUUUAGGAAUUGAAAUAACAGGUGCUCCGAACUUUCGGCCUACUUAUAAAUAUUUCACCUGGCAUACUGCUUUUAUUGGAUUGGUUGGAACCGCAGUAAUGAUGUUCGUGAUCAAUCCUAUUUAUGCUUCUUCUAGUGUCAUUCUCUGUUUGCUAUUGGUUAUUGCGUUACACCUGUUUUCUCCGGCCUCACAGGGUGCGCAGUGGGGUUCAAUAUCGCAAGCCCUAAUGUUCCAUCAGGUACGAAAAUAUUUACUCAUGCUGGACUCACGUAAGGACCACGUUAAGUUUUGGCGACCCCAGAUGUUGCUGCUUGUGUCCAGUCCACGAUCCUGCUGCCCAUUGAUACACUUUGUUAAUGACAUGAAGAAAGGUGGCCUGUAUGUGAUUGGUCACGUGAAAGUAGGAGAAUUUUCCGAGAUUGAUUCUUCCAAUGAUCCCACAAUUGAGGAGUAUACGCAAUGGCUUUCGCUAAUCGAUCACAUGAAGGUGAAGGCAUUUGUUGAAUUGACUCUUUCAAGAAGCGUUAGGGAAGGUAUUCAACAUCUUAUUCGUAUAUCCGGCAUGGGUGCAAUGAAGCCAAACACGAUCAUACUUGGAUUCUACGAUGAGGAGUUGUCGAAAGAUUUCUUCGAACAUGAAAAUUCGCCUUACAAAACCAGUGAGUUUGAUGGUGAUGGCAAAAAACUGUUUCCCUACCGGCACAAUGGUGAACAGAAACAGCUGCUGGCAACAGAUUACGUCCAAAUAAUAGACGACGUUCUUAGGAUGAAGAAGAACAUCUGCCUUUGUCGACAUUUCCACAAGUUGGAUAAGCAGUUAAUCGCUAGAAGCAAUCACAUCCGCUACAUCGAUGUUUGGCCAGUUAACUUAUUCGAACCGAAAAACGAAGAUCCGUUCGAUGUGGUAUCGUUGUUUAUGAUGCAAUUGUCGUGCAUAAUAAAUAUGCUGCCUGUAUGGAAGAAACUCGAACUAAGGGUCUUUUUGUGUGAAUCAGAGACCCCAUCUGAGUCCAGCACUUUCCAACUGAACAGUACGUCUAUGGAACGUCCUGCAGAAUACCGAUUAGGACAACAGCUAAAAUCGUUGAGAAUAUCGGCAUCGAUACAUCAGAUUUCGGAGUGGAACAAGGACAUGGAUUUUCCCCGACAUCGUAAUAUUCUCAAGCAAUUCACUAGCAAAAGUGAUGAUCAUCAAACGAUGACAGAAGAAAACAUUAAUCGAUCAAAGCUAUACAUGCAAAGGAUAAACCAAACAAUAAGAGACAAAUCGAAUGCAACAGCUGUUACCUUUAUGUAUCUUCCGGCACCACCUAAACUAUCCACAAUCGACUAUAAAGAAAAAUCUCACCAUUACCUGGAUCUAUUAACUGAACUAACAUACGAUUUGCCACCGACGAUAUUAGUUCAUGGAAUAAAUGCUGUGACUUCUACUACAUUAUAAGAUAAAUCAUUAUCUCAUCUAGAGUCAGAGCUAUCAAAUGCGUGCUGUGCAUGUAAAAAUCAAUCCAAAAUCGAACAAAGGUCUAAUUUAUUAACGCAUGUUGAGGAUCCAUUUGGGUUAUUACUUCCAGGGCAUCAAAUCAAAAAACUUAGCUCCUUUUUUCCCUCCUGUCGUACUGAAUAGCAAUUCUCCUCUAAUCGAUAUUUACGUAGAGCAUUUUUAAUAUUUAUUAUUCUUCUCUUACUUCUAAUUACGAAUGACUUUCAAUAGUUGUAGCAGCAUUAUCCUUUUUAAUGGCAAUUCCAAGAAAAUAUUAGCACCACCAGAUAAAUAACACGGUAUCAACUGUGAAUUUUGCUGGCGGCCAUGAACAAUAGUAAAUUAGUUUGUAGCACUAGAAUGAGCUAUUCAAGCUAUUCAAAAGUCGUAAUUGUGAUCAACCGAUGAAAACACUAACAAAUCCACUCAUUGGACAUACUACAAAAGCACUAAAUCACGCAUUACAUAUUUAAGAUGAUAUAGAUGGAGUAAUAAUAAUAAAUGAAAU